UCGUCUUUUAUCCAGUUGAAUGCUUGCGUGAGAAAUUAGACGAGUAGACCUGUUCCGAAAAUGCCCUCCUGCGGUUUAAACAAGUCUUCAUUCGCACUAUCAAGCAAUGUACGCUUUCCUUUACUGUACAGGAUAGUAUAAAUGUUAGCGAAGAUAAACGAAGACCACUCAAUUUCAAAUUUCAAAUUCCCGCGCUCACUAGAUUUUUAGUACAACGGCCGUUCGGUACUAAAAAGCGUAUUUACAUCUUCCUGUCCGCUCGAACGACCCACUGUGCGGACCGUCGACGUCACACGCUAAAAUGUCAUAAUAUUUUGGUUAUCUGGCCGUACUUUGAACCCGGGACGGAAUAGGCAGAGACUGGUUAAUCCUUGUCCCUCCCGCAUAUCACGGUGAUAUUUACGCGAACCAUCAGUGAGAUAUCGACGUUACGAAGCGCAACAGCCAUUGCCGUCCCGGUGCGUUAAGUUUUUUCGUUUGGUUUUGAGUUACGUUUUUGUUGCGGUGCGUAAAACGUUUACCUCACAACAGUACGGUCCAUUGUUUGCCGUCGAUUGCGUUCGUUUACAUCACACAAACGGCCGCACUCACACACACACACACACACGCAUACGCAUACGCACUCCCCCACGUACCCGGAUAGUAGCCGAAAAGGGAAAGGAUCAGCACAGGCAGCGCCACGAUGUCAGAGAACAAGAGUCCGAUCAAGUAUUUCCUGUCCGGUGGGUUCGGUGGCAUUUGUACGGUGCUGGCCGGCCAUCCGCUCGACACGAUCAAGGUGCGCCUCCAAACGAUGCCCUUGCCCGCCGCUGGCCAAGCACCCCUGUACGCCGGAACGCUGGACUGUGCGAAGAAAACGAUCGCCCGGGAAGGGUUCCGGGGACUGUACAAAGGCAUGUCGGCACCGAUCACGGGUGUGGCACCGAUUUUCGCGGUCAGCUUCUUCGGGUUCGGGUUGGGUAAGCGGUUGCAGCAGAAAACUCCCGACGAGGAGCUGAAUUACACGCAGCUCUUUGCGGCCGGUGCAUUUUCGGGCAUCUUCACGACCACCGUCAUGGCGCCGGGUGAGCGUAUCAAGUGUCUGCUGCAGAUCCAGCAGGGUGGCAAUUCACCCCAGAAGUACAACGGUAUGGUGGACUGCGCCAAGCAGCUGUACGCCGAGGGUGGAAUGCGUAGCAUCUACAAGGGCGCCUUUGCGACGUUGCUGCGCGAUGUCCCUGCGUCCGGCAUGUAUUUCCUCACGUACGAGUACAUCCAGCGGGCGCUGGCACCGAAGGCGGGUGAAAAGAAGGACGCAUCGAUUGGACUGCUGGGGACGAUCUUUGCCGGUGGUAUGGCUGGAAUCGCUAACUGGGCGAUUGGAAUGCCGGCCGAUGUGUUGAAAUCGAGACUGCAGACGGCACCGGAAGGCACGUACCCGAACGGAAUAAGGGACGUGUUCCGGGAGCUGAUGCGCCGCGAAGGUCCGCUGGCGCUGUACAAGGGUGUGACGCCUGUAAUGCUGCGAGCGUUCCCGGCCAACGCGGCCUGCUUCAUCGGGGUGGAAAUUUUCAUGAAAUUCCUCAACGUGGUCGCACCGGGACUGUAAAAGUGCAAUUUGCGGGGAUAGCGGCGGGGGACUGGUUUUUCUUUGCUAGUGGUUUGUUUCGUUUGUUUUUAUCACCUAUUUGUUACCGAGUUUGUAUUAUCACGCUCCUUUCGAUCGAUAUCGAUACACAUUGUGACCUCUCGAAGUUUUGUGGGAAGAAAAAAGUGUUAAACAGAUUUACGAUUUACGUACACACACACACACUGCCGGUCAGAGGGUUGCUAUAGGGAAACAAUCAAGCAGCAUAUGCUUUCUAUUAUUUUUGUAAUAAAAAAUUAUCAAGCUCUA